CGUGUGGGAACUGUGUGCCCCGCGUGCGGGGACUGUGUGGCCCGCGUGCGGGGACUGUGUGUAUGUGCGGGGACUGAGUAGGCAGUGUGUGUAGUCAGGGACUGUGUGUGAGAGCGGAGUGGGCAGUGUGUGUGUGUGGGGACAGAGAGUAGGCAACGACCCAUUCCUGGGAGAUGAAGCUGGCGAGUGAGCCUGGAGUCAGAAUCCAGACUGUGCUGUGUGGCUCCCGGUGCUGCGAGUGUAACGUGUCGCUAUCACACUGGUACUACGAAAAGGAGGGGCGGUUGUACUGUAAGAAGGAUUACUGGGCCCGCUUCGGGGAGCUGUGCCAUGGCUGCUGUGAGCAGAUCACCACUGGCCUCAUCAUGGUUGCUGGGGAGCACAAGUACCACCCCGAGUGCUUUGUGUGUCUGUCCUGUGGGGCCUUUAUUGGCGAUGGAGAUGGCUACGCCCUGGUGGAGCGCUCCAAGCUCUUCUGUAGCCGAUGUUAUUACCAGACGGUGGUCACGCCGGUGCCAGAGACGCCCUGCCCCCGGAUCCCACACACAGUUACACUCGUCUCCAUUCCCGCCUCCAGUGAUGGAAAGCGAGGAUUUUCUGUGUCCAUCGAUCAGCUGUGCAGUCCUCGGAGCUGCUCCACCGAGCGCACACACACCGUGCGGGUCAAGGAGGUUGAGGCGGGCUGCGUCAGUCCUGAGGUGAAGAAUUCCAUCCACGUUGGUGACAGGAUUCUGGAGAUUAACGGGACGCCCAUCAGGAAUGUGCCAUUGGAUGAGAUUGACCUCCUGAUACAGGAGACCAGCCGCUUACUGCAGCUCACCAUCGAGCACGACCCUCAUGAGGCUCUCCUGGAGGACAGCUCCAGCCCCCAGAAACCCAGCACCCCCAGCGGAGACAACGGCAAACAUAGGCCCGUCAUGAGGAGCAGCAGUGUAGACAAGUCUCCGAGCUCCAGUGCCGCUUCUUCACCUGCUUCUCAAAAGAGAAACCUGGGCCGGUCGGAGUCUCUGCGCAUCGCCUCCAGGAUGCAUCGUAUCUUUCGACCGUCUGACCUGAUUCAUGGGGAGGUGCUGGGCAAGGGCUGCUUCGGACAAGCCAUCAAGGUGACACAUAAGGAGACAGGAGAGGUCAUGGUGAUGAAGGAACUCAUCCGCUUUGACGAUGAAACGCAGAGAACCUUUCUGAAGGAGGUUAAGGUGAUGCGCUGCCUCGACCACCCCAACGUCCUCAAGUUCAUUGGUGUCCUUUACAAAGAUAAGAGGCUGAACUUUAUCACGGAGUACAUCAGGGGCGGCACGCUGAGAGACAUCAUCAAAGACUUGGACAGUCCAUUUCCAUGGAACCAGCGAGUGAGCUUCGGCAGGGACAUUGCAGCUGGGAUGACCUACCUGCACUCCAUGAACAUUAUCCACCGAGACCUGAACUCCCACAACUGCCUGGUGCGAGAGAACAAGACUGUGGUGGUGGCUGACUUCGGGCUAGCUCGGCUGAUGGUCGAUGAGAAGAAGCAAACGGGGAACCUCUCCCCAGGGAGCAUGCCGUCCCUGCACAAGCCUGACCGCCGGAAACGCUACACCGUGGUCGGCAACCCCUACUGGAUGGCUCCAGAGAUGAUUAACGGGAGACGCUAUGAUGAGAAGGUGGAUAUCUUUUCCUUUGGGAUCGUGCUGUGUGAGAUGAUCGGCAGAGUGAAUGCAGACCCUGAUUUCCUGCCAAGGGCCAUGGAUUUUGGGCUGAAUAUCAGCGUGUUCCUGGAGCGAUGCUGUCCCCAGGACUGCCCCCCGGCCUUCUUCCCCAUCGCUGUCAUGUGUUGCGACCUCGAACCAGAGAACAGGCAGCCCUUUGUGACGUUGGAGCAAUGGCUCUCAGCCCUGAAGCUGCACUUGGAGAUGCGCCUUGCCCUCACCGCCGACCUGGAGCAGAUCGACCGCGCCUUCUUCCAGAGCCACUCUGGGAACAAAGAGAAGGUUCUGGAAACCGUGUGAGCCGCUGGCCGAGAGCAGAGCAGCCAGCCAGCCACCCGGUGAUGGUGUGACCCACGAGCAUGCUGGUGUGUCAGCGUUACACACACUCCAUUCCACCUGUACCUGCCACCGGGACAAGCUUCCAGCUUCAACAUUUCACCUGGCAGCAGAUCUCCCUCUACUGAUGGAUUGUAACUAACCGGGCCCCAGCCUGGCACAUCAUAGAGGGAACAUGUACAAUAGCACACUGCUGUAAAUAACCAUUCCCACACCCGCCAACACACAGUGCUGAGGACGUCGGCAUCUAGUGUCCACUGGAUGUCUCGCAACGGUCGGUCACAUUACCUGCAUUAAAUGCUUUCCUGUCGCUCCCUGUUGGAAACCACUUGACUCAGGACAGCAGCAGUGAUUGAGACAAGAGGUGCCAGGAGGAGGCAGUGUAGAAACUAAUGGCAGGAGCUACUUUCCUGAGCCAGACCACGGCUGUCACACCCGUCCCUGUGCUGAAAAUGAAGGACUCAGAAAAGGUUUUUUUUUCCUGUCGAUUUGUGAAGCCGCCUGGUAUCGUCUCUCUAGGAGAACAGUUUCCUCCUCUUUCCCCCCCCCCCCACCACCGAGAGCUGCAAAUCUGCUUCAAAUCCUUGUGGUCCUCUCUUCCCAGCUGCAACCCCUUUUCAAGGCCCAAAAAUCCACUUAGUCUCAUUUUGUCAAAAACAUCUGGAAUUGUUUAAAAUCCUUCCAAUUCGGUUUCCAAAUUCGUACUGAAUUUCCCACAACUCUACGCAAAGUCACAAGCUAAAGCCAGCUGGAAUUUCUGACUCAUUUGUCUCUAUUGCUCUCGCACUGUUUACUGAAUUACCCCCAACCCCGGAUGCGAACACUCAUAUCUGGAGGUUCUACACAACGUGUUUUACACAACUUGCUCCCCGGAAAGUGCCCAGUCCACUCGUAGCCUGCAAGUAGCUAAAUCGCCCUAACUGUUCACUGAGCCCUGUGUGAGGGCAGAAGGUUUCUUUUGGGCCAAUUGAUUCAAGGUGGGACAUGAGAGUUGUCUCCAAAAUCUGCAGGCCUAACCCCCACCCACCCCACCACCACCAAUGAUGACUUUUCAUCCAUAUAAAGUGUACUGACCUACCAUCACUUUAGAUACCCUAGAUCAAGAAUCAGAGCCAAGCCAGGUUUGUGCGCCAAUGAAAACUCUCUGUGGAGUGUCCCACACAGGGUAGGCAGAUACAAAAGCACUUGCCCAAUCCCUAUUCUAGGAAACAAGCGUGAAAUAGUAAAGGCAAGAGUAGCCAGGGGUGGGGUGGGGGGGGUCCUAUCUUAGCUGUGAACAGUACAAACUCUUAAUCUCUUCAGAAGAAGCCAAAGACAUUGCCACAGUAUUUCACAGUCAGUGUUAACAUUGUCCAAGUGUAUUUGUGAGGACAAUUGCUGACCUUCAGCCUUGUUUCACCCCCCUCCACCAGCUCUGUGUAUUACUUCUACGUAGCUUAGUCUGAGCUGAGUCACUGCCCCUUUCCCAAUGUGUCCUGUCCACCUCCACUUGUCCACUUCCCAUCUACCCCAGACCUGACAGGGACCAUUUCCCAGACAGACGUUGAUGCCAGGCGGUGGUGGAUUUAUAGGUUAACGUUUGAUGUGGAGAAGCAAACCCAAGAGUCAACAACAACUUGUAUCCAUAUAGCACCCCUCAUGCAGGGUAGCGUCC